CUUCGCAAACUACAAGCACCAUGUAAAACUACUGUGAAUGGGCCUCUUUAUAAUAUUUAUUUUUCUGUUUUUGACAGACUUGUUUAUAUAUGGCAACAUUUUUAAAAUGUCACCACGUCUCAAAAUAUCGAGUUAUGUUAUUGAGAGGCUGUCUACAUUAGACACAGACGAAAGCGCAGGAUGUCUUUAUGGGCUGAUGUACGAUGGCACCUUACUCGUGGUUGGACUUAGCAUAGAACUGUUUGAAAAUGAAAAUAAUACAUACAAGCAACUGCUCCUGAACCUACCUGGUGAAAUAGAAUUAUGCGGAGUAAUAAAAUUUGGUGAGAGUUUGAGUGUUGAAUCAACACUCAAAGAAAUACUUCAGGAUGUAGAUAUAACAGACAACCCACUUGUCAUUAUUAUUAAUGAGACAAAAGAAAUGAAAGCUCACUUUUUGGUGCAUGAUAAGUUUGAAGAGACACAAUAUGAAAUACUGUCUUCAGAUGAGUUAUGGAAGCAGUUCUUACAUGUUCGGCUGAAUACUGUGCUCCCACUUAGCUGUGAGGCAACUAUUUCUGGUGUUAAGGGUAUUAUGCAGAGUAAAAGGAAAAAAAUUGCAUCAGGGCAAGUUUCAUUCCAUAUUGAUGAAACCUUGGUGUAUUUAUUUGGUGUGGCCUCAGAUGUUGGGUUAACUGGCACCAACACUGAUGCUACUAUUGGGGAGUUGGUCGAUUCCAAAAGUCCAGAGCAACCUACUAAGAAAAAAAAGCAUAAUACCAAUAAUGUUGAAAUAGUACCUGUAAAUUUAGUAUUAAAAUCAACAAAAGACAUACUGUCUGAAAAACUUGUUAAGACUGCAGUCAAAAUGAUGACAACACAAAGGAAACCCGCAUUCUGCAUCAGUAUGCCCCUGCGCGUAGAUACGAUGGCGAUGAUUCAUCGCAACACCAAACUGCUGGAUCUGUACACCGUGCUGGUAGAAGCUGCCUGUCGGUCUCUCAGGCUUUUGGAGAAUGUAUUAUUAGAACAACUAGGUCAGGAAGGCAUUGGUGAUGGAGCUGGUUUGCGUUUACCAGAGACUUUCCACUAUCUCCCUAAUGAGCUAGGUCAUUUUUUGACCAGAAUAGUGCCUAAGGGAAUACCAGAUGAAAGUAUGGAAAAAGAAAGGCGUUCGCUCCACGAACAGCUAGCGUUACCUCUAACGAGACCCAUAUUCCGCAGAGGUAAUGCCUACACUAGGAGCAGAGGUCAGCUCAUAAACCCACACGAGGCCAUCACGCCGUCGCCACCCAAGCCCGAUGUCACUACAGCCUUAGUGAGGGGGCGGUACACAUACCACCACUACAUGCAGGACAACUUUAAUGAUGACGGCUGGGGUUGUGCCUAUCGCUCGAUGCAGACUAUAUUUUCAUGGUUCAGGUUUCAAGGCUACACCACAGUAGGUGUGCCCACACAUAAAGAAAUACAACAGUGCCUUGUAAAAAUUGGAGAUAAAUCAUCCUCAUUCGUCGGCUCAAAACAGUGGAUAGGUUCGACUGAAGUAAUGUUCUGCCUGGAGACUUUACUAGGAGUACAAUCAAGAAUUAUAUACGCAAAUACUGGUACUGAAUUACAAAGUUACGCUCCUGAACUGGUCCACCAUUUCCAAACACAUGGCAGCCCUAUUAUGAUUGGUGGUGGAGUGCUGGCACACACAAUCCUGGGUGUUGAAUACAAUACCGUCACACAAGAGAUCCGAUAUCUGAUCUUAGACCCCCACUACACCGGAGCGGAAGACCUGACCACGGUUGUCAACAAGGGCUGGUGCGGGUGGAAACCUUCAGACUUCUGGAACAAGGCUGCCCACUACAACCUCUGUCUGCCGCAAACUAAACCGGCUAUUUAAUGCUCAAAUUGUAUUCAAACAAUGUUCAGUCAAAAUUAGCAGUUUGCCAGAGAAUUUGAAAAUAUGAGGAUUUCCAUUCCAAUCAACUGAACAAUUGAUUGCUGCCGGGAUCUCGAUGUUUCAAUGUCAUGCAAAAAUAUAAUUUUUUGAAUGUUAUUACAAGGUGGAAUGGAAAAUAUUGAGCGGACGAUACCAUUGUCUGGAAUUGACCAUUUGUUAUAGGUAUGUAUAGAAAUAACAUAAAAACUAACGUAUAUAUCUAGUUUGUAUGUGUAACUGUUCUUACGUUACAUUAUUAUCAGUUUUAAUUCGAAAUAAGUAUAUGCGAAUAAAUUAUAAUUUUCAUUUUUGUGCUAAUUAGACUGAACAUAAAGCUUUGAUACUUUUUUUUUUGCGGUAGACUGAAUUUUAUCCAACAUUGUUCGAUUUGAAUUGUUUCUCUUUGGGUGUUCAAUUAAUGUUUGAUAUUCCAAGCUGUGAUAGUUGAAUUCGAAAACUAAUGUGCAGAAUGUCAAUUGUUUUUGAUCACGUUAUCGACAACAUUGCGCAAAUACUUUUUAAAAUUAAUUGGCAUCUUGCACACAACAUACGAAUACUCUAUCAAUUCCACGUGUUUGCAUUUGAAAACGGCACGACUUUCUUGUUAUUUAGAUAUGCCAUAAUCAUUUAAGCGGAGAAGGUAGAGUAAGAAGGUUUAAUUGUAAAACUGUAACAGUUGGGAUGGCUAGAAUACGAGUCUUGUUUUUUGUUAACCAAGUUUAUUUAGCUCAUAAAUUUGCGCUACACUAUAAUCUUUACUUGUAAUAUUUAACCGUUUGCCUAAAACUCAAAAAUAAAAAGUAUUGGUUUAUGGAUAAAAUAAUGUGAAGUUAAAGCCAGUUAAAAGUAUGAAAUUCGUUAAUUAAUUUGGUUGUGUUAAUGAUUUUAUUGUUUUACUGCCAUGUGCCAGUGCAUAGUAGUGCCACUUGUAAUGCAUAGCAACAUGUAAAUAGAUGUAUUUUCAAUAUUAAAUUGCACAUAUUAAUUUGCGUACUGAUACACAUAGCAUUUAUGAUGUUUAUUUAAUAAUAAUUGCUUAGUAUUUCAUUCCCUUUCUCUAUGUGCUUAUAGUAUGUACCUAUAUAUUAUUGUUGUGACGAUAUCAGAUGCAUGUAAGCUAAAUGAAUUGUUAUAUUUUGUACUAAUUAAAUAAUUAAAUUAUAAUUCUAUGAGUA